UUCAAAUGUGGUGCUCUGUUAGCCCUCUCUCUUGUUUUUACCAUUCUGUUUGCUGAAAAUGUUUUCCAGAACACUUUACUGAUCUUUAUUUUAUUAAUGACCAAAAUCUAUAUUUCUGUUUUGGCUUGUUUUCCUGCAGGCAGCAUCAUAAAAUCUUUAUCAAGUGAAAAUGGCCUUUAGCAAUCUGACAUCAAAGGCUGUACUACUCUAUGAUGAAUGGAUUAAAGAUGCCGAUCCAAGACUGGAAGGCUGGCCACUCAUGUCUUCACCUUUUCCAACAACCUUUAUAAUUGGAACCUAUGUUUAUUUUGUCACUUCCUUGGGACCCAAACUCAUGGAAAAUAAAAAACCUUUUGAACUCCGGCAGAUAAUGGCAUUUUAUAACUUUGGUGUGGUAAUCCUCUCUUUAUACAUGACUUAUGAAUUUCUUAUGUCGGGUUGGGCCACAGGGUACUCGUUCCGGUGUGAUAUUGUUGACUACUCGAGGUCACCUACAGCUCUAAGAAUGGUGCGAACUUGUUGGCUUUACUACUUUUCCAAGUUCAUUGAAUUACUAGACACUAUAUUUUUUGUGCUGCGUAAGAAAAACAACCAAGUCACAUUCCUGCAUGUCUUUCAUCAUUCCAUCAUGCCAUGGACCUGGUGGUUUGGAGUCAAAUUUGCUGCAGGUGGUUUAGGAACAUUUCAUGCUCUGCUGAACUGCAUUGUCCAUGUUGUCAUGUACACUUAUUACGGAAUCUGUUCUUUGGGACCAGCCUAUCAUAAAUAUUUGUGGUGGAAAAAGUACAUGACAACCAUACAACUUGUCCAGUUUAUUAUGAUUACAGUCCACAUAGGACAAAUCUACAUCAUGGAUGACUGUCCGUACCAGUAUCCAAUUUUCAUGUUCAUUAUUUGGCUCUAUGGCUCUAUGUUUUUAGUCUUGUUUCUCCACUUCUGGUACCAUGCUUACACGAAGGGACAAAGGCUACCAAAGAUGGCAAGAAAUGGGAUCAGGAAAGAUCAGUGAAACAAA